ACACUCGUUGCCCUGCGCUUGACGACUGGAUCGCCCACUUGGCGGCGAUUAUGAAGCGCGCACAUGAGAGUUUAGCCGACUCCCAGACUCGCAUGGCCGCACGAGCGAACCUUUCACGAAUGGAUCAUCCAUUCAAAGUCGGUGACGAUGUGCUCGUCGACGCACGCCACUUACAGCUCGAAGCAGAUAUGCUUCGCAAGUUCAGGCGUCGUUUCUUCGGUCCAUGCCGCAUCCUUCAGGCCGUCGGCUCUGAUACUGCCGCUAGUCCGGUCAGCUUCCGUGUGAAGCUACCUGAUUACCUUCGACAGGCUCGCCUACACGAUGUUUACCACGUCUCCUUGCUGCAUCCUUAUCGCAGAUCGUCCGAGCGCUUCGCCGGACGCCCUUAUGAGCGUCCUCCAACUAUCAUGGUGGACGGUCACGAGGAGUUCGUUGUUUCCGACAUCGUAUCACGCCGAGCUACUGACGAUACCCCUCCAUGCAUCGAGUACCUUGUGCGUUGGAAGGGCUACCCUGAUGAGGAGGCUACUUGGGAGYCCYUCGAGCACUUGCAGCACGCCAGGAUAUUGGUGCGUACAUAUGAUCGUGCUCGUCGUGCUGGGACAUCUGCUUCUACUCAGCCGACUGACCCUCUUCCUCCUCCGACGACUAAGGAGAUCGUUGAGGAUGAGCCCGCUUCCUCUGAGGCCGUUCCUCAGCCGCAGAUGGUCGCCUCCGAGCGUCCACAGCGCACUCAUCGUCGCCCUUCACGUUACGAUGACUGACACACUUAUCCUCCAUCUUUCCCCACUGACUCACACCAUCAGGUACUCCAUCAUCAACUCUUCUUCAGGAUGUCAGCGUUUUGCGGCUCUGCUUCGACAUUGACUCGACUGCUACUUCAUCGACGUCAUCGACCGAUUCGAUAACUUUAGCUACCUUAUCGGCUUUAGCUACUUUGGACGUGACUACUUCACGCCACCACGCUACCCUGUACAUUCCCUUGCAUCUGUCCCAUGAUGGUUCUCACUUAGCUGGGUCUCUUUGAGUUGGGCUCUCCCUUGGUAUCGCAUAGGCAUUGGGACCGUAACGUUAUCUUGGCUUCCCUGCUCCCAGAUCUAGCUCCUUCCUCCCCCAGUCGGUGAGUUGUGUGCAUGUUUCCCUCACCCACUGCCCUCAUCACCCUAGUGCCGGCCCUUGCAUGCCUUCAGUUAGGCAUAUCUCCACCCUAUUCCAGGCUCCCCCUUUUCAUGGUCGACCCUGCAUGGUGUCACCCUUGUCGAGCAUUACCCGCCUU